AUGGAGUUGUUCAUCUUCAUAGUUUUUCAGCUCCUGAUGGAGGUUCAGUCUUACAAAUUUCCUAGAGUAAAAGUAUCUCCAGAUGUCAUAAGAGAGUCCAGCUCAGUGAAGAUCAGCUGUGAGACAGAUCCACGUGUUUCAGUGAUUGAAUGUCACUUCUUCAUAAACAGAGAAGAGAAGAAAAUGAAAAGCAGUUCAUCAUGUGAGCUGGAUCUCACUGGUGCUGAAGUGUUCAGAUGGGCAUCUGUAAAAUCACCUGAAUCACUCAACAUUAUCUGCUACACAACAUUACAUGCGCUAGGCUCAAUCAUAUCAUCUCCUGAAUCUGAUCCUGUCACAGUGACGGUUCGAGUUUCAACAUCAACAACCACUGAACAAACAACUACAACAGCCAUGGAAACCUCAUUAACUGUGAUGUCCACUUCUGAAGCCACAACAUACAGUAAAACUGCAGAUCUCCAAACCAAGAUAAACCUGCCCACCAUUACAGGAAAGGAAAACAGAAAAGUUCAUUCACUCUCUCUCAAUGCUAUUUAUUCUUGGGAAUGGGAAGGUUUAGCUAAACCUGAUUGGGAUGUAGUACAGCUGCGGAUCGACAAGCCCGCCACCCGAGCACCGGACACCAAGUUCCCUUGCACUCAGCCGGCCGACAAACAGGAUCACGUGGCACCGAGGACGAGCACCGGACACUCCAGGAUUCAGCACUACACCAUUCAAUAA